CUUUGCCAUUUACAAAAUCAAUCAGGGCCCGAAUCGCGGCAGUCGUGAGCGAGCAAGUAAUCGUAUCGAAUGAAAUUUCGUAACGUGUCGAGUGUGCGGAUCGUCGCACUCGAUACGAAACGAAUAGAAAUUUUAUGAAAUAACUUCCCUGGUGUAGCUCUAAAUGACUUUUUCGAAUAACGAAACAAAACAAAAGAAAGAAAUAUUUGAAUUGGAAUUGAAUGCAAAAAAAAUGAACCCUAACGUGUUUUUUUAUUCAAGUUCAUCUGAAUCAGAUGAAGAACAUCAGCAAAUGGCCAUAAGGUCCAGGAUCCGUGACAAAAGUAAUCCCCUGGCUUUACCUGAAGCAGCAUUCAGGAAGCGGUUUAGACUGACCAAAGACGCAUUUACAUUCAUCUUAUCGGAAAUAGAAUUUAACGGACAUUUGUCAACCGCAGUACCACCAAUUCUUCAAUUAGCAGCGACUUUGUCCCUUUUGGCGAGUGGAGGCUAUCAACACUCAGUUGGAAACGACUUUUUAAUUGGAAUGUGUCAAAGCACAGUGUGUAAAAUUGUAGGGGACGUAGUUAAUGAAAUGGAGACAAAACUUUGUCCACAUUUCAUUAAGUUUUCGCCAAACCGUUUAUCUAAGUGCACAGAAUACUUUGUUGAGAAAUAUAAAGUUCCAGGAGUUAUCGGAUGUAUUGACGGUACACAUUUUGGCCUUCAAAAACCAACUGUGAAUGAACAUAUGUUUUUCAACAGAAAAGGAUACCACAGUCUUAAUUCAAUGAUAAUUUGUGAUUACGAACAUCGAAUUUUAGCUAUUGAUUCAAAAUAUGGUGGAGCCGCUCACGAUUCCUUUGUAUGGAAGCAUUCUGCGCAGAGGAGAUUUUUGGAGGAAGCAUAUAAUCAAAACAAUAUGAGAAAUGUCUGGCUUUUGGGAGAUUCUGGAUAUCCUUUGGAACCAUGGUGUUUGACACCAUUUAGAAACCCCGAAGUUGGCUCGUGCCAAGCACGGUUUAAUGAAAUCCAUGCAAAAGCACGCUGUAUUGUUGAACGAACCAUUGGUAUACUGAAAGGCCGGUGGAAAAUUCUUACCAAUGAUAAAAGAAGUCGGUAUAGUCCUGAAAAGAUGGCAAAGUUCGGCAAUGUAUGUGCAGCGUUGCAUAACAUUUGCAUACAAUAUAAAAAUUCAACAUAUUGCAGAUAUUUUGUAAACGAAAAUAAUGAUACAGAAAUAGAUACCGGAAAUGAGACUCAAUUAAUCAAAAUUGGUCAUAAAAUUAGAGAUCACAUUAUGUUGUCUUUAGAUAAUAAUUGAAUUAAACGUUCCAACA